AGUUAAUCACAAGUCUCGGGAGAGUCAAGUUGAGUCGGUGAUUGAGUAUUUAAGUAUUAAAUAGUUAAAUUUAGAUGCAAGUGCAAUAUUUAGUGCUUCUGAGCCCUUUGGCAAGUGAGUUUUCAACGUGAUCACAAACUCUCGAUCACUCUCUGUUUUGGCGCGAAACUCUUCAAUGACCGGAAGUGGGAAAAUUUUUGCUGAAGAUUAUUUUUGCUGCAGAGAUGAGCAGAAUGUCAGCACAAAAGUUUUUCCAAAACUGUGAGUAUCAAAAAAUGAAAACAGACUAAAAGUGGUGAAAAAAAAAACAGUGAAUCACAAGUUGGUUUAAACGUCCCAAAAGGGAUUACAAAAUAAUCAUAAAAGCUGUAAAGUGACAAUAUCGUGGUUAAAGCACAAAAAACAAACUUAGCCAAUAGCACAAAAGAGUUAGUAGCAGACACACAAAUCAAUUGGAUUACUGCUGGUGAUAUUUAAUCCAACCAAGUGAAACAUACAUUCGAGGGUGGUGGCGAAAAAGUUCAGUUUUUUUCUAGCCUGCCCUCCCAUAAAUUAACAAGGAAAACGCUUAUGGACAAAAGAGUGUCUAGUGUUGAUAAAAAGGAUAAAAUUUAGUGUAACAACAGAAAAUGAUCCACGUCGAUGAGUCAGAUCCGAUUGGUGAAAUCGAACCGAACUUUCCCACACGCGACGUCACCAUCAGACGUGGUGCCGAUGCCAAGGAAUACUAUGAGAUGAUCAAAGAAAUUGGCAGGGGAAAAUUUGGCACAGUGUACAAAUGCCGGGAAAAGUCCACAGGAUUGGAAUUGGCGGGAAAAUUUGUACCCAUCCCAAAACGUGAAGAUCGACGAAAUGUUGAACGUGAGGUGGAAAUUAUGAAUUCACUGCAUCACCCCCGGAUUAUUCAACUCUACGAUGCCUUCGAGUUUGGCAAAAUGAUGUGUGUCGUCCUCGAAUUAAUUGAGGGUGGUGAACUUUUUGAACGUGUCAUCGAUGAUGACUUCAUCCUCACAGAAAAAGCCUGCAUUGUGUUUGUUCGGCAACUCUGUGAAGCAAUGGAGUUCGUUCACAGAAAGAAUAUCCUGCACCUAGACCUCAAACCUGAGAACAUAAUGUGCCUGACCCGUGAAGGCAAUCGGAUAAAGAUUAUUGACUUCGGACUGGCAAGAAAAUUCGAUCCUGAUAAAAAAUUACAAGUUCUCUUCGGAACGCCUGAAUUUGUGGCUCCUGAAGUUGUCAACUUCGACUCAAUUUCCUACGGAACGGACAUGUGGAGCGUAGGAGUUAUUUGCUACGUCCUGCUCUCAGGAUUGUCUCCUUUCAUGGGAGAAACAGAUAUUGAGACAAUGGCCAAUGUGACCAUCUCCAAGUACGAUUUUGAUGACGACGCCUUCCGGGAUGUAAGUUCAGAAGCUAUAGACUUCAUUUCUAGGCUUCUAGUUAAGGAUGCAGAAGCCAGAAUGACGGCGACGGAAUGUUUGGAACAUAAGUGGCUCAAACGGCGUCCACCUCGUCCGAUUCCUGCUACGAAACCUUUGGUCGUGCCUCCUCCAAAGUUCAUCAAAGACCCUAGUCCUGUUCCAGCCAGCAAAAUACAAGAACCUCAGCCUGAGAAGCUCGACACAACCAAGGACAACCUUAAAACGUUUGUGGAGAGAUGGGGUGAACACCCUAACAGCCCCUACAUUUUCGAUACGGAUGCCCAGUUUAUUGCACCCCUAUCUGAAGAUUCUGGAUCAAUGUCCACUCAGCCUAUCAAUGAUGGGAACCUAUCUUCACGAGGAUGCUCACCAUCCCCUUGCGGAUCCGUCAGUAGUUCCCAGGAUGUUGCAGAUACAGAAAAUGAACUCAAGGACCUAGACAAUCAAAGUCCAGAGAUCCUAAAUGGAGGAGAAAACUGGUCAGAAUCACCGAAACCCACAAAUAAGAUGUUCAGGGAAUACCUUCAGUGUUUCGAACGACGGAAUUCAGACAGUAACUUUGUCCUUAAGCAUAGCAACAGCAUGGAAAAGAUCAACCUAGCGGAUGAGAUCAAGAAGCUAUCAGAACGAUUGCUAAUGCUAUCAGCCAUACCUACAGACCAAAAUGCAGAAAAGGAGUGUAAAACCCAAGACAAGGUAGAGAAAGAGAAAGAAAAGGAAAAAGCCAAAACUACGCCAAAGUCCAAUGAUAAACCGACUGUGAAUGGGAAGAGUCCCAAGAUGACACCAAAGAUCAAGAAAGAACCAGAAGUGAAACCUGAAAUUCCAGACAAGAAAACCAAAUCGAAUCUCCUGGAUACCUUCAAUAGAUCAAUAAAUCAAGCAAAUAACGAGAAGAAUGAGGUCUUUAGCAAGACAUCCCAGUUCACACGAUCGAGAAGUGUUGUAGGGAACAGCCUGAUAAGCAGCAUAACAGAAUCACUGGCCAGGCAUACAAAGACCUCCGUUAGUAUCACGAAGGAGACCAAGAAGGUCAAUGGAUUCACUGAGAGACUGACAAAGACUAUCGAAGAGACACCUAAAGUCACAGUAACGGAGAACCCAAUCCCGAAUUCUGCUCCAAUUAGCGUACCAUGGGCGGCAAACAACAGAAGAACCAAGUUCCGCAUGACACAGUUUAGUCGGGAUGUUCCUGUAGGUUCACCUCAUCAGCACCAGCCUAUCUACAUCGAAGAAGCCGCUAACACCACGAAAGAUUGUCUCCUGCAUCUCCUAGAAAAAUACAACGGCGUCAACGAGAGCCGACCACCGACAAUGUCCACAUUGGGACGUCAUCAGAGCUUUUCAUGUGCCUGGGGUGUAGAAGAGGAUCUCGAGCAGCGCUCCAUGAACUCCAUCAAUGCCUUUUUCCAGCGACACGCCAGUCACGUUGGGAAAUCUUCAGUUAAGCAAAUUCAAGCAGCCAUUGAGGGAAAGGGUAAAAUAUGAUUCUGUUAGCAAGGGGCACUUUUGGCAGGGGAACCCGACUCAUCAGGGAUCUGCUGAGGUUCUGCACUUGCGAAAAUUCUCCUAAAGGACAAUUUUCGGAAUGCUCUAGAUGGGAAGCAACUAUAGAAAAGAAACCCAGGUUGGGUUUGCUGCUGACUAAGAAUUAUCAAAGAUUAACGCCCUAGGGAGGAUCCUAGGCUGAAAUAGAAACAAAGUCAGAACUAAUGCCAAAGAUACCAUUCUGAAAAGUAUUUUUCGAGAUACUAUAAGAGGAAGAAUGUUGAUUAGUGUUAUGUAGAUUUAUUUGAAUAGUUUAGGCUCCCUAAGAGUUCAGGAACCUAGGAUCUUCAAAUAUAAUCUUUAUGUAGUUUCUACAUGAUAUGAAGUUUUCUUUAAGUUACAAUUCGUAUUAUUUAAAAUCCCUGUAAAAAAAAUAUGAACUUAUAAAGGUUUCUAGGAAAUCCUUCCGGAACCUAGAAAUUUCUUCGAAAUACCAACUAAGCCUAGAAAUGUUUAUUCCAUAUCAAAAACCUAGAAGGGUUUAAAUAGUGUAAGGCUAACUAUUCAGAUGUCAAGUUGAGUAAAUUAUGACCAGGAUCCUAGAUGCAAAUUUUAGGUGUAGAAUCUUCAAACAAAAACACUUUAAGACAGCAGCUUUAAGCUAUCUACACACUAGGUAAAUCGCAAUAAUAACAUUUCAAAGUAACACUGAAAUAAAACUUCAAUAUUGAAGAGAAUAUUGAAACCAAUAUUUCAAUAUUCGCCUACACACUGAAAAAAUUGACUUCAAUAUUAAAACUUCAAUAUUACAACUUACUAAAAUGCCAUUCUAUUCAGAGAUUCAGUUCCUUUCAAACAACGAAAAACACUUGGAAUUAGUAUGUUUAUGACCAGGAAGACAUUUCAGAAUAUCAUCGUAGACAGGACCAGAGAUUCUGCUGUAUAUCCUGCUCAAUUCUUCGCAGAAACCCAUCUUUGUCAGGACUUCUCCCCUACUUCCUCCAGAAAAUCUCAGAUCUUCUGGGAUUUUGUUUUAUCUUUUGUCAAGUACGCCCGGAAUACUCAUGUUGGUCAAAAGAUUUCUCCUGGUUCCUCCAAGAAAUCACAGAUCUUUUGGGAUUUUAUUCUGUAUUUUGUCAAGAACACCCAAAAUACUAAAGUUGGUCAGAAGAUUUUUCCUGGUUCCUCCAGGAAAUCACAGAUCUUUUGGGAUUUUCUUCUGUAUUUUGUCAAGAACACCCAAAAUACUAAAGUUGGCCAGAAGAUUUUUCCUGGUUCCUCCAGAAAAUCAUAGAUCUUCUGGGAUUUUCUUCUGUAUUUUGCUAAGAACAUCCAAAAUACCCAAGUUGGUCAGGAAAGACAUCUCCUGGUUCCUCCAGGAAAUCACAGGUUUUCUGGGAUUUUUUUCUGUAUUUUGUCAAGAACACCCAGAAUACUAAAGUUGGUCAGAAGAUUUUUCCUGGUUUCUCCAGGAAAUCAUAGAACUUCUGGGAUCUACGGAACCAAGAGAAAUCUUCUGACCAACUUGGGUACUUUGGAUGUUCUUGACAAAAUACAGAGAAAAUCCCAGAAGAUUUGUGAUUUCCUGAAAGAAGUUGGAAAAAUCUUCUGACUAACUUGAGUAUUCUGGGCGUAUUUCUUAAAAUACACAACAAAAUCCCAGAAGAUCUAUGAUUUCCUGGUGGAAUCAACAGAAAUCUUCUGACCAACUUCAGUAUUCUGUGUAUCCGACAAGAAAAAUCCAGAGCAACUGUGAUUUCCUGGAGGAAGCAGGUGAGAAGUGCUAACCAAGCUGGGUUCUUGGGAAGAUUUGACAAAAUGUACAGCGAAAUUUCAAGAAUCUGGGAUUUUCUGGAGGAAUCAGGAAGAGAUGUUUCCUGACUUCGAUUUUGAUCUUGGAUGUAUUUUUAUUCAUGAAAAAGGAUAUCCCAGCAGUUCUGUGAUGUUCUGAACGAAGAAAAUUCCUGACCGCUAAAAAUUAUUGAAGAAAAUAUCAAAUCAAUUUGAUAUUUUGAAUUUCUUUGAAAUUUUAUUUCAAUGUGACUGAAAAUUUUUAUUGACAUUAUUUGGCCUAGUGUGUAGCCAUUCAAAAUAAUAAAAUAUUAAAAAAAAGUGUUCCAUAUUGAAACACAUAUUGCAAUAAUUGCCUACACUACACACUGGACAAUUUCUUCAAUAUUGAAACAUUUAUGUCAAUAAAUCUUUGCAAUGUGGAGGCGAUCCUUGUCAAUAUUGGAUAUUGAAAAGAAAUAUUGCAAUAAAUUUUGUCUAGUGUAUAGCCAGCUUUAUAUCGUCUACACACUAGAGAAAUUUAUGUCCAUAUUGAAGAGUUUUUCCUACUCAAGCGUAGGGAAUUUACUUCAAUAUGGACAUAAAUGUCUCUAGUGUGUAGAGACCAUUAGGUGCCAAAAUGUGUGUUCAUUUAGGAAAGUAAUUUUGAACUUUCGUAACUUACCAGAUUUGAGUAGGUUUAUCCAAGAACCUAGAGUUUAAAGCAAUUUAAGACAAGAUGUUAGGUGCUUAGGAUACUUUCUAGGUGAUUUUUUUUUAUUUUAGGAAUUCUAAACAAAGAUUAUUCAAAAUACAGGGAUUUAAAUAGUUUAGGGUCUGUAACUUUUCAAGAACCUAAUAGGGGAAACUGUCACCAGGAUCCUAGAUGCAGUUUGUGAACAACUUCAAGAGUACUGACACUAAGUACGAGAUCAAAAUUCACUCACAUUGAUUGGUAUUAGUUUAAAACCCCGUUCAAAGCAAUUUAAGACAACAGGUUUAGGUGCUAACAAAAGUUCUAGGAGAUAGUUCCUAACCAUCCUGAACCUAAAAUUUCCUCUGGGAAAAACAGAGUCAGGGGAGAUGUAAUUCAGCAAAGGAAUAGGAGGAAAAAGGAUUAGAGGACUCACCGAUUGUUGUGGAUAAGCAAUGCCAAAAGCCCCCUAGAUUUAGAAUAGGCACUCCAUUUUAUUUAUUUAGCGCCAUUUGUAAAUACGCAGAUGUAAGUUGAAAAGAAUAAAGUAAAGUUUCGAAGAAAUUUCAA